ACCCACCAACCCAACGCUCUAUGAGCACGAUGAAUCCACUCUCGGUCUCCGUCGCAUGCUUACGGUGUCGAAAGCAGAAGCUGAGGUGCACUCGCGAGCGGCCUGAAUGCCGUCGCUGCGCGCGCAUCAAUCAUGCAUGCUCAUAUCCGCCACCUCCAAAUCGAAAGGGACUUGCUGCCUGUCGCAGUCAAGGGCGCUUUGACUCUGCGGAGCAACACAGAGCGUUUUCGUGGGAUAGUCGCUUGAACAACAACCAACCUUCGCUAGCUGAUGCUUGUACUAACACAAAUGACAAUGAUCGUAUUAGUCGACAUCUACAUGACUUUUCCGCUAAUACACUACAGAAGACGACACCCUCGUCGCUCUACACGAUUCGUGGCAAUAACACAAGGCCAUCUAUGCCAGAUGGCGACGAAGAUACGCAUGUUGCUGACGAGGUGGCUUUGUUUCUGAUCGAGAUCUACUUUGAAAGACACUACCAGGCCAACCUUUUAUUCUAUAAACAGAGUUUUAUCGAUGACUACCUAUCUCAGCGGCUCCCAGGCUAUAUUUCGAAGGCUGUAUUCGCAUUCGCAUCAAUCUUUUUAAAUCAUGUACCCGGAGGUAAUACAUCAGGCAAUCUCGAAAUCUCGGAUAUAUCCAGUGUAGACUGGCAUGAGAUUGGAGAGAGAUGGGCAGAACGAGCUGGUCAAUCUGUCUUAAUGCAAGCAGAUAAGCCAUGUUUGGAGGUUGUUCAGACAUGUCAGAUACUCGCAAUGUUCUGGUUGGCAAGAUCGAAAACCGAACGAACGAACAUGCAUGCAAUGAUUGCUUACCGGUCUUGUCGCAUUUUGGGAUUUCACCAGCAAAACCCUGAAUGGGCCAAGCAACACCCUAUUGAAGCUAUCAUCCAAAGAAGAUGCCUCUGGGCUUGUUGGCUCACGCAGUGCGCAAGUCAUGCCAAUGCCAGAUUUCUUACAGAUUGUUGGGCUGAAGUUGUUGACUGUCCGUUGCCAGAGAGCAACCAGUCAGAUCCUCGAAUAAUCGGAGAGCGUUAUGUUGACAAUGUUGGCUCAAUCCAUCAGCGAGGCAUUAUUGACAAGACUUCAAGACUAGAUUUCCACACAUGCUUAGUUAUCAUACAUGGCCUAUGGUGGGAGAUUCAGCAUUUCGUAUUCUCUAUGCAGAAGAAUCCACACCCACCCUAUGAUCCGACCCCAAUGCUCUAUAAUCUAGAGGAGAGGCUUCACGACCUUCAUGCUUCAAUGGAUGAACGCGUUCAAUACUUCUCAAGCUCUGGCGAGACCUCGACGAGUUCAACGACAUUGGGCCAAGUUUUCUCAUUGAACUUCACUUACCAUCUUUGUUUUUGUUAUAUGUGCUCGGCGCUGGUACCCAUACUUUCUUGCGGUAUUCAAGUGCCAACGCUGCCAAAGAGGCUUUUGCGACUCGCUGCCGAACAGGCUUGGAAACAUUCUUCGAUCAUGGUGGAUAUGACAGAACACUUCUUGAGCCGAAAGGGCGUCAUAUCAAAGUUAUGGCCGAUAGUUGGCUAUGGGGCGUACGUUUGCACAGUCAUUCAACUCCGUUGUUUCUUUGCCCUCCGUUCGCUAACCGUAGCGCGACUGAAACGCUGUGAGAACCUAUUGUGUCUUACUGGCGAGCUCAAGAAUUAUUGGGGCAACAUAAAUACUUUCCAUAUGCAGGUGGAUCGGCAAUUGGCCAAUGCCCGGAAGUUUUUGAAUCCAGAUGAAGACCUCACUAGUGAAACUCAUAUCAUCCCGGAAAAUCUCGUCGACGCUAUCGCCUCUCCGGAAAUAUCAAUCUUGGCCCGCUGGCGAACUUUUAUUUCUGGCUACAUCGCUAAUCAAGAUUAUGAAAAUCGAUCGGUACAUGCGCAACAAGAUGGCCAUCGACGACUGUCGUUAAGGAAAGCCCCGGAGGCCAUUGAGCGCGAAAUGUCCGCUAAUAUCGGAGAAAAUAUGACACUGCCAAUACAAACCCAAAGCUCAGCUGAAGCUCCUAACACGACUCAAAGCUGGUCGAUGCAACAGAGCAUUCCCCCUGGCGAAACUCUUCACAACCAUGAAUCCUCUCAGAUACAGCCGCCUGGACGAAAUGGUGUUGGACUGUGGGAACAAGUACCAGCCAUGUUCGCAGAUCUUUUUGGACAAGACUUUCAUGCUGCUAACGGCGAGCUUCUAAUGGACACAUGAGAGUUCCCAUAGGACCACCUUUCAAGUACUUACUCAAAAACAUGAUAAUCCAAUAUUUCUCUUUCACG